AUGAAAGUCCUUGCUGUUUUAUAUAAAGCUGGCCAACACGCCAAAGAUGAACCAAAACUUCUCGGCUGCAUUGAAAAUGAACUAGGUCUUCGUAAAUGGUUAGAAGAUCAAGGCCAUACUUUGGUUACAACUGACGAUAAAGAAGGUCCAGAUUCAACUUUAGAUCGAGAGCUUGUUGAUGCUGACGUCUUAAUUACUACACCAUUUCAUCCAGGUUAUAUCACCAGAGAGAGAAUCGCUAAAGCUAAAAACUUGAAAAUCUGUAUUACAGCAGGUGUUGGAUCGGAUCACAUUGACUUGACUGCUGCAAAUGAAAGGAAGAUUUCUGUAUUGGAAGUUACAGGAUCCAAUGUUGUUUCUGUCGCUGAACAUGUUGUUAUGACUAUUUUGGUUUUGGUUCGUAAUUUUGUUCCGGCUAAUAAUCAAAUCACCAUUAGAAAAAAAUGGAACGUUGCUGAAGUAGCCAAGGAUUCAUACGAUGUUGAAGGAAAAGUCAUUGCGACAGUUGGUGCAGGCAGAAUUGGAUAUCGUGUUCUUGAAAGACUAGUCGCUUUCAAUCCAAAGGAAUUGUUGUACUUUGAUUACCAACCUUUGUCCAAAGAGCUUGAAGAGAAAGUUGGAGCCAGAAGAGUGUUGGACCUCAAAGAAAUGUUAUCUCAAGCUGAUGUGGUUACAAUCAAUUGCCCAUUGCACGAGGGCACCAAGGGCCUAUUUAACAAAGAAUUGAUCAGCCACAUGAAGGAUGGAGCGUGGUUGGUGAACACGGCUAGAGGUGCCAUUUGUGUUGCCGAAGACGUUGCCGAAGCAGUUGAGACAGGAAAGCUCAGAGGUUAUGGUGGCGAUGUGUUUGCUCCACAACCAGCUCCAGAAAAUCACCCAUGGAGAUCGAUGAGAAACAAGUACGGCGGUGGGAAUGCUAUGACUCCUCAUAUCUCUGGUACAUCUCUCGACGCGCAACAAAGAUAUGCAGAUGGUGUUAAGAACAUUUUGGCAUCCUUCUUUUCCCAAAAGUACGAUUACAGACCAGAGGAUGUUAUUGUCACCAACGGACACUAUGCCACCAAGGCCUACGGUGAAGAUAAAAAAUAA